GGGGAGCGCAGGAGGUCAGAGCUGAGCCGGGAGCGGGAGCCGGGAGCCGGAGCCGGAGCCCGGAGCCGCGCAGCGGAGCCGCGGCGGAGCCGGAGAGGGAGGCGGCCGGGAGGGCAGGAGGAGAAGCUAGCCGGCACCGCAGCUCAGGACCAGCGGAGCCCGGGAGGGGAGAGCAGCCCAGCCCAGUCCAGUCCAGCCCAGCCCAGCCGCGGAGGGGAGAACCGCAGAGGAGAGCCCUGGAGGAGAGCGCAGCCCAGUUCGGCUGCGGAGGGGUGAGGAGCCCAGUCCAGCCCCGGAGGAGAGCACAGCCGAACCCCAUAGGACAGCCCAGCCGAACUCUGGAGGACACUCAGCCCAGCUGGGCUAGGCUCCGAGCAGAGUCGAGCGGAGUGGAACCCCCCCCCCCCCCCAGCCCCGCAGAGCGGAGCCAAGCCGGGCUCACGCAGCCCAGAGCCCCGCCGCGCCGCCGGGGCAGUCAGGGUGGGCAGAAGCACCAUGCCUCCCUCUUGCCCGGUAAGCCGACGGGAAGCGUGCGGAGCCCCAUCUCCGCAACCCGGCGCCACCUUUUGUUCCUGAGGGCCAAGAUGCGGUAAAGAGGGGCCGGGCCGACGGACGGCAGAGCCCUCCGCGAGCGUUCUUCUCGUCCCUCCCUCCCUCUGUCUGGGGGGAGGGCAAGCUCAGCUCGCCCCCUGCUCCCCGGCCCGCCCCCUGUUCCCCGGCCCGCCCGCCCGCCUUUCGGACCCCAGUGGCGGAGAGCAGGGAGAUGCUGCCGUGGAAGAGAAACAAAUUCGAGCUGAUAGAGGAGGGCCCCAGGCAGGCGGCUAAGGCCAAGGGCUAUGCGGUGAGCCUCAACUACUCGGCGCUCACGUCGCUGGCCAAGACGUGCCCGGAGAGCGCCCUCACCCGAGUGGGCAGCAUGUUCAAGUCGAAGCGGAAAAAGGUCAAGAUCACCAGCGAGGACCCCACGUACACUGUGUUGUACCUGGGCAACGCGACCACCAUCCAGUCGCGCGGCGAGGGGUGCACCGACCUGGCCGUGGGUAAGAUCUGGGGCAAGAGCGAGGCGGGCAAACACGGCACCAAGAUGAAGUUGACCAUCAGCGCGCAGGGCAUCCGCAUGGUGCACGCCGACGACCAGGCGCUCAAGCGGCCAGGCCACCUCUACCUGCUGCACCGAGUCACCUACUGCGUGGCGGACCCUCGCCUGCCCAAGGUCUUCGCCUGGAUCUACCGGCAUGAGCUGAAGCACAAGGCCGUCAUGCUGCGCUGCCACGCCGUGCUGGUGUCCAAGGCCGAGAAGGCCAAGGCCAUGGCGCUUUUGCUCUAUCAGACGUCGGCCACAGCCCUGGCCGAAUUCAAGAGACUCAAACGGCGCGACGACGCGCGCCACCAGCAGCAGCAGCUGGUGGGCGAGCAGAGCAUCCCGCUGGUGCCUCUGCGGAAGCUGCUGCUGAACGGGCCUAGCUGCUACAAGCCGCCGGUCGAGCGCAGCCGCAGCGCGCCCAAGCUGGGCUCUAUCACCGAGGACCUGCUGGGCGAGCAGCAGGAGCUGCAGCUGCAGCAGGAGCAGCAGCAGCAGCGGGAACAUCUCCUCGACGACGUGGACGAGGACCCCGGCCACUCGCACCACGGCGAGGACGAGGAUGACCUGGCCCUCGACUUGGACCUGACCCUGGACGGCGAGGCGGAGGACGCGGAGGACGCGGAUCCGGACGAGGAGGUGCCGCCGCAGCCUCGCCUCGGGGCUUCGCCCCUGGAAUGCGGGGACCUCCUGGACACCUUGGACCCGCGGCGCCCCGGCACACUGCUGUUAGCCGGCUCGGCCGACGGGACGCGCGAGCUCUCGCGGCUCAUCAGCGACCUCGGCGAGCUCAGCAUCGGGAACGACGUGCAGAGCCUCCGGGCCGACCUGCGCGUCACCCGGCUGCUGUCGGGCGAGAGCACGGGCAGCGAAAGUUCCAUAGAGAGCGGCUGCCAGGACGCGGGGGGCUCGCCAGGGCUCGCCAACGGACUGGAUGAGGCGGGGCCGGAGCCGGGCCCGGGCUGAGCUCGAUCUAGGCUCUGUUUGGGGCGACCUUGCACUGCAGGCGCCGCCGCCGCUUUCCCCCCUUCCAACAGCUCCCUGGUCCGCUGCUCUUGUUGCUGCCGCCGCUCCUGCUGCUCCUGCUUCCAGCUGCGCUCGCCUCGUCGGGUUGCUUGGGCACUGUGCACCGGCCUGGACGUCUCCCACACCCCCUCCCACCAGCACUCUUGGAACCCUCGGCGGCAGUGGCCCUGAGAGCGAGCAGGCGUCGGCCGCCGAAGGACGCCUAGGCGUUGGCCUCCUUUCUGGGGACGAGGCGGUGCUGGCCCGGCUGGGCGGAAAGCCCUAUCCAGUUGGUUCUCCCUCAGGGCGCUGUACGUGGUGUCAGAACGCACUGGGAGGCUGGUCGUGAGCUGGGUCGGGGACCCGCCAACUUCCUCGGCUGCUCUUGUUUGUGAGGGGGAGAGGGAAGGA